AAGUAUGACUAACCUACUAGAGUAAUACAGUUUCCAAUUGGUGCACUAUCUUUUAUUCUUGUUUUGGUUGUUGGCCAUAUAGUAUAAUUAUAAAAUUUUGUUUUAGUUUAGUUGCAACUUGCAAGUGGUAAUUAUUUGAAGUGGAGACCAAUCAUCUGCUUAAACCUGCUAGUGGGAAACGAGUUGGAUCCAAACACCAAACCCAUUGCCAGAUCUAUCCCUCAUCACCAAAAAUGUGUUCAAGAAUUGAGCAUUUUAGCCAUCCGGAGCACGAACUGAUCUUGAAGGAGAAUGAUGUUAUUGAAGACACGGCUACUUGCUAUGUCUGCAACAGAACAGUCAUCGGCUUUCCUACGUAUACCUGUACUAGCCAUGGUGAUGAUGAUAUUGGCUGUAAAGAGUUUUACCUGCACCAGACUUGUGCAGAAUUACCCCCACAUCUUUUCCAUCACGAUAUGCACAACCGACACCCCAUUACUCUCGGAAUACGCUCUGAUACAUACUAUUGUGACGGUUGUUAUCUUCAAGUAAAGUUCGUUUAUGCGUGUGAUCCUUGUAACUUUGGUUUAUGUGUUGCUUGUGCUUUUCCGAGUCCUCCUGAUGAUGAUGAACAGAGAGAGCUUCAUCAUGAAGGUCACCAGGAGCACACACUAGUACUAUUGCAGAGGCAGGCUUUGUUUAAAUGUGAUGCUUGUUGGGAGGAGGCUAAAGACUUUUCUUAUGUAUGCAUCACCUGUAAUUUCUGGAUCCACAAGAAGUGUGCUCUCUCUCCGCCCAUCAUUGCAGAGCCUGCUAAUCACCAUCACCCUCUCCAUCUUAUCUUCUCUAUUCCAGAUGAACAUCGCUAUUUCGGCCGAUGGUGCAACAUCUGCGGUGACUAUGUUCCUGUAAUCUCCUGGAUGUAUUAUUGUCACAAAUGCACAUAUUUUGUGCAUAUGAAAUGUGCUACAGCCCCUGCAUUAAAUGAGACCGAAGCCGCGGGCAGUGACAACGACCCAGAUUUGAUAGAAUUUCCUCUGCGUAGCGAGGAAGCACUGAGUGAUUUCAUGAUAACCCAGUUUUCAAAAUUCCAAGUUGACUUUGAAGCUGAGCAUAUAGACACCGCCAUUGCAUUAACUAGACCUAAUGAUCAACAUAAAAUCGAAGAGCAUUGGAGUCAUCCGGAUCAUCCAUUACAACUGUUUCAGUUUAUUAUUAAUGUGCAUGAUAACGACGAUGAAGAUGAUCAAGACACAACAGAAUUGAUAUGUGAUGGGUGCAUUCAACCCAUCACCGUUACCCAUCCAUCAUACUACAGUUGUACCCAGUGUAAUUUCUUUCUCCACUCCGUCUGUGCCACUAAAUUGCCAAAACUGUUGCCUGUAGGAGUAUCCUCGUCUCACCCGCAGCAUCCGCUCGCCCUUUUGAGGGAAACUAGAUUCUACAAAGAAGUGGAGUGCGGAGUUUGUGGCUGCUCGACAAAUGGAUUCUACUAUGAAUGUGAGGCUUGUGAUAUGAAAAUUGAUAUUUGCUGUGCAUUUAUGCCCUCCAGGAUAAAAUAUAAGUCUCACAAGCACCACCCCUUUAUUUUGCGUUCAUCAUCGGAUGACCUUUGCAGUGUUAGUCGGUACAAAAUUACUGGUGGCGUGGAAUAUGGAUGUGAAAUUUGUAGCAACUUCCAGAUCAGAGUAACUAGUGUAUUUUACCCAAGUACGAUGAAAAACAAAUAUGAUGAACAUUCCAUAACCUUGAGAUAUCCUCCUCUCUUCUAUGAAGGUGUAUUCUAUUGUGAGCUAUGUGAAGAACAAGUAAACAAUCAGUGGUGGCUCUAUCACUGUGAUGAGUCUGAUCAUUCUUUUCACUCUGCUUGCCUCCAUAAGCCAAAUAGGACCAAGUUAGGAGGGACCAUCAGACUUGAUAUCAACGAUAAAAUGCACACACUUGCAUUUGUUUUCAAAAGGAAUGCAAGAAGAAACGCUCCCUUAUACAUUUGUUACAUGUGCGAUGAUGGAUACACUUAUGGUACCUUCUUUGAAUGUGAUGGCUGUGGAAUUCUUAUCUGCCAUCAAUGUGUCAGGGGGAUAGAUGGUGAUUAACAAGUCAACGCAGUUCUGAGAUAUUUCAACACUCUCUUUGGCAAUUUUUUAUGCAGCUAUAAACUUUUACACAAUAAUGUUUUUUCAGCACAUCAGUAUUGCAUUUGUGUUGUUUUA